AAUUUCUGUAGUGUCCAUUAAGAUAUAUAAUUCUCUCAAUCAUUUCCUAAGUAAUGGAUUUGCAGAUAACCUUGAAGGAGACUGUAACUGUGAGGCCAUGUGAACAAUCCAAUACACAAACUAUUGAUCUCUCUGGUCUCGACAGGAUGUCUCCAGCAAUUCUCUACAUGAUCUUUUUUUUUAAGUCUCAGUUGAAAAAAGAAAUUGAUCAUGUUGAGAGAGCCAAAAAAGCUCUCCAAAAGGUGUUGAGUCAAUGGUAUCCGGCUGCAGGGAGAUUUAAAUUCCAUGGGACUACAGGGAAGCUAGAGAUUGAUUGCAACGAUGAAGGCGUCGCCAUGGUCACUGCUUUGACUAAGUCCAGGCUUGAAGAGCUUGGUUGCUUGCAUGAAUAUAAACCUUGCUAUGAAAAGCUAGUUCCUAAACUUCCUGAAGCAAAUGAUAUAUCAGAAAACCCCCUGGUUGUUGUGCAGAUGACAAAGUUUGCUUGUGGAGGGAUUUCAAUAGGUAUUGGAGGCAGCCAUGCUUUGUUCGAUGGCGUCGGCGCGUUCAACUUUCUAGCAGCUUGGGCUAACACAUCAAAAGGGAAAGAUGAUUCCAACCUUGUUGCGCCCAACCAUUCAAGAGCUGCCCUUCUACAAGCCAUCUAUUCUCCGAAUUCAAGCCCUAAAACUUCUUCAAUAUAUGAACAAGAACACAUUGCAGCUAUUCAAGAUCUCUAUGGCAUACCUAUGGAAGCCAUGGCCUCCGAUGACCGAUGCUGGGAAACGGCGCUAUCAAAAUUUGGGCAGAUUGAGCCUCAAGGUGAGCUUGCACUUGUUACACUUAGUGUGCAGAAGGAAGUUGUAGAGAGAUUGAAAGUGCUGGCUACUAAGGAAAGUGGCAAACUCUCUAAGUGCUCCACAUUUGAUAUUUUAUGCGCACAUGUAUGGAAGGCAAGAGUGACUGCUCUCAAGCUACAUCCCGAUACAAAAAUAUGUUUGCAAUUCCCAGUGGAUUCAAGAAGCCGGUUCCAUCCCCCUCUUGGUAAAAACUUUAGUGGCAAUGCCAUUGUCCUUGCCUCAGUGUCAUGUUUGGUGAGAGAGCUAUUAGAAGAACCUCUAAAUUACACAAUCCAAAGAAUUCAAGCUGCGAAAGGUGUUAUCACGGACGAAUAUAUCAAAUUAUAUGCGAAGGCUCUUGAGACCUCUGAUAAGUUUUUACCCUCCAUGAGAGAGCUGACAAUAGUAACUGAUUGGUUAAAGUUCCCAUUGCAUGCCCUUGAUUUUGGAUGGGGAAGAGUUUCAACUGCAGCUCUCUUGGCAACUCCUGUUCCUGAAACUGCAUUUCUAAUGCCAAAUCUUGAAGAAUCAGGAGGGUUCCUGGUUCGAAUCGGUAUCAAAAGACAAUAUGUGCAGAAUCUCCUCAGCAAAUUCAAUGACUUCAACUACACAUCAAACAGCAGCUCUUCUUCCACCUAUAAUUGAUGAAUAAUCCUACUCAUACAACAUUUUUUCAUACAACAUUAUGUGGCAAAAGAUGAUUAGGUGUAAGUUUAAUUUUAAUUUAAAAUCAAUCGAUCAUAUUUUGCCAUAUAAUAUUAUAUG